AUGCCUGGCAGCAUCAAACCUGCCAGCGUCAAAGCGGGCGGCAUCAAAGUGACCGGAUGCGUAGAUAUCUUUGACGAUGACCCCUACGCUGAGCUCGAUGAUGACGACUUUGAGUGGGACAGCGAUAUGGAUGGCGAGAUCUCCUCGUCAUUGAGCGAAGACGAGAAAGACUACCAUGCCGACGAUCCGUGGCAUGCGCUCCUUGUGCUCGGAUUGAGAGUGUAUUCGCAGUCAAGUCCCGUCACCAUCAAGGUUCGAGAAGGCGAUGAAACAGACGAUGACGAGCCCGCACCUGGAAAGCCAGACUCCGACGUUCGGCUAGAUGGACGAAAUACCUCUGUAGAUGAGGACAACACAAAGCAGCCUUCCGCUUCCAGUGAAGCAAUUUAUACGCCUGGCAAAGACGACCAGAGCAACAGCAUGACCAAAACACUACACGAGCACGACAGCAUUUCAUCGAUCGAGAAGCCGAGUGAUAUAACCAUCGAGCAAAAGAAAUGA